AUGCUUGAUGCGCAGCAAUACACGGAGAAGGCGUUUGCAGCGAUGCAAAGGCUGCCCGAAGUCGCGGAGAAAUUCAAACAGCAGUUUCUUGAAGCCGAAAUACUCUUCCACUCUUGUCUUCAGGACGAAACAGUGCAGAGGAUUGUCUCCAAAGCAGCAGGGAAAGGAGCAUUCAGCUCCCUGAUGCAGCAGCUUGUUCAGGCCUCUGAAGAGUACUUGAAGACGUUGCCGCAGGUGUCGGGAGCAGGUCAGAAGAUCCUUGGCAGCUCCAUGAGGAAUACCCUUCAAGAGGCUCAGGCUAUGAAGAAGCGUUUGCAAGACGACUUCAUCUCAAUCGAACAUCUCUUCAUCGCCUCCAUACGAUCAUCCAAGUUCAAAGACAACGGCGUGCUCGCCCGUUUCGGCCUCACAAUUGAAUCGCUCGAGCGCGCGGUCGAAGAGAUCCGAGGAGGGCAGCGAGUGACUAGCAGAAACCCGGAGGCGACCUACGAGGCUCUGCAGAAGUACGGACGAGAUCUCACCGAGGCAGCGAAGGCUGGGAAGCUUGAUCCCGUCAUCGGGAGAGAUGAGGAGAUCAGAAGAACCAUGCAGAUCCUCUCUCGCCGCACCAAGAACAACCCCGUGCUCCUGGGGGAGGCAGGCGUUGGGAAGACGGCAGUUGCGGAAGGGUUGGCCCAGAGGAUCGCAGCUGGCGAUGUCCCUGCUUCGCUCCAAGGCCGGAAGCUCUUUGCCCUUGACCUGGCUGCGCUCGUGGCGGGAGCCAAGUAUCGGGGCGAGUUCGAGGAGCGCCUCAAGGCCGUGAUCAAGGAGGUGACGGACUCGAACCAAGGCAUCAUCCUCUUCAUCGACGAGAUCCACACCGUCGUGGGAGCUGGAGCCACUGACGGCGCCAUGGACGCAGGCAACCUGCUGAAGCCGAUGCUGGCUCGUGGGCAGCUGAGAUGUAUCGGAGCGACUACAUUGGACGAGUACAAGAAGUACAUCGAGAAGGACCCUGCCCUAGAGCGUAGGUUCCAGCAGGUCAUGGUCGAUGCUCCCUCUGUGGAGGACACCAUUACAAUCCUCCGUGGUCUCAAAGAUCGCUACGAAGUUCACCAUGGCGUUAGGAUUGCCGAUGCCGCUCUCGUGGCCGCAGCUGUGAUGUCCGAUCGAUACAUCUCUGACAGGUUUUUGCCCGACAAAGCCAUUGACCUUGUUGAUGAGAGUGCGGCGAGACUGAAGAUGGAGAUGACAUCGAAGCCAACGAGUAUCGACACAAUCGACAGAAAGAUCAUGCAGCUGGAAAUGGAGAAACUGAGCCUGUCCACGGAUGACAGCUCGGCUGCAAAGCAACGACUCUCGGGGAUCGAGAACGAGAUCGCGAAGCUGUCGAAGAAGCAGAAGUCAAUGAUGUCGAGAUGGGAGAAGGAGAGGGCGAACGUGAAUCAGGUCCAGAACGUCAAAGAGGAGAUGGACAAGGUCAGAAUUGACAUCGACAAGGCAGAGGCCUCCUAUGAUCUCUCCAGGGCAGCUCAGCUCAAGUAUCAGGUGCUCCCAGAGCUGAAGAAGAAGCUCGAGGAUGCAGAGAAGCUCUUGGCAGAGCAACAAGGUACCCUGAUGCGCGAUCAAGUGACAGACUCCGAUAUUGCCAACGUCGUCAGCGCCUGGACAAGGAUUCCAGUCAAUAAGUUACAGUCAUCAGAAAAGGAGCGCCUCCUUCAGCUCGAGGAGCGCCUGUCCAAGCGCGUUGCGGGUCAGCCUGACGCCGUCAAGGCCAUCGCAGAGGCUGUUCAGAGGUCAAGGGCAGGACUGUCCAACCCCGAGCGGCCAACUGCGAGCUUCAUGUUCCUUGGCCCCACUGGAGUUGGGAAGACGCAGCUUGCGAAGACUCUAUGUGAGGAGUUGUUUGACAGUGAGAAGCAGAUGGUUCGACUCGACAUGUCUGAGUACAUGGAGAAGCAGUCAGUCUCACGUCUUCUCGGGGCCCCUCCGGGCUACGUGGGAUACGAGGAAGGGGGUCAGCUGUCGGAGGCCGUGAGGAGGCGACCGUACUCUGUCAUCCUCUUUGACGAGAUCGAGAAGGCACACCCGGAAGUUUUCAAUGUGCUGCUGCAGAUCCUCGACGAUGGGCGGGUGACGGAUGGGCAGGGGAGGACCGUGGACUUCAAGAACACCAUCAUCAUCUUCACGUCGAAUAUCGGAUCUCAGAACAUCCUGGAUCUCGCAGGGAGGCCGGACGCAGAGGGGGAGAUGAGGAUGCGCGUCAUGAACGAGAUGAAGGCUCGCUUCCGCCCAGAGUUCAUCAACCGCCUGGACGAGUUCAUCAUCUUCCGAGGGCUCGACAAGGAGUCCAUCCGUUCCAUCGUUCAGCAGCAGGUGGCUCAGCUCAACAAGCGGCUCAAGGACAAGGACAUGAGGGUCCAGUGCAGUCAGGAGGCGCUCAACUACCUUGCUGACAUCGGGUACGAUCCAGUCUACGGGGCUCGCCCGCUCCAGCGAGCCAUCAGGCGGGAGCUCGAGACGCCCAUCGCUCGAGAGAUGUUGUCCAGCAAUUUCAAGGACGGCGAUUCGAUCCUGGUGGACAUCGUCAAUGAUCGGCUGACGCUGACUAGGGUUGAUGACGUAGAGGCUCUUGAGGAGAAGGAGCUUGUUGAAUCCUCUACGACCGUUUAAGACUCGACUUUCUUUUAAUGCAUGCAUGUACAACCCCACACAUCAAUUU